CGACACUAUCGAUUGUCUAACCAAGUGCACACCACUACAAUAAAGGUGUGGAAAAAUAAAAUUCAACAAAAAGGGCCAAUAUUUGUGCAUUUGUGGGCAGUUUCUUGCAAAUUAAAUUGAAAUAUUGAAAAAUUUCAUCCGCAACAUCCGCCAUCCGCUGUUUGAUGGAUUUUUUUGAGUAGCGCUAAACGAAUGGAGUGACGGUCGUCGAUGAGGACACGUUAAUACCCGGUUGUGAUAAGUUGGAGAUUUUCAUUACUUGCCGAGGAUGCCGCUGCCGAAGCGAUCCAUUGAGCCCGUUCAUGUGGCUAGAUCAGUGUACCAGCAAGAUGAAUUGCAGUCGGUGGAGCUGGAGACGGUAACAAACACCACACUCACAAAUAUCAUAAGGCAGCUGUCAUCGCUGUCGAAGCACGCCGAAGAUGUGUUUGGCGAAUUGGCUAGAGACGUCGGAAGUAUUGGCGAUCGUGCGAACUCUCUGCAGGCACGCAUCGAUCGUCUGGCAAUUAAGGUUACCCAGCUGGACAGCACCGUGGAGGAGGUGCCACUCACCGACAUUACAAGAAAGAAGGCCUUCAAGUCGGCAAAGAUAUUUGAUCAGCAAAUCUUCUCGCGAGCUACAAUGCCUGCCCCAAUGCUAGAGACGUACGCCCAGUGUGACAAGCCACCACCGCUGGACAAGCUGAACGUCUAUCGAGACGAUGGGAAGGAUGGCCUAAAAUUCUACACUGAUCCGAACUAUUUCUUUGAGUUGUGGCGACAGGAAAUGCUGAAAGACACAGAGCGCGUCAUGCACGACAAAGGCAAGAAGCUGAACCGGCCGCGGCAAGACGGGGUCAGCGGAGGUGCCGCCGGUCGUGGCAAUAAGAAACAGAAGACAAAAAUAAGAGCUCCGCAUAAUACUCGGGAGAAGCAGCGACAGCUCGUCCUGGGACACGGCGAGACGUUGAUGCCGAACAACGUCAUUUAUCGCACUCCCAAUUCAAUGGUUAACGAGGAGGCCGGAUACGGAACUCAGCUAGUAAAAAUAAAAACCACAGUGCAAGGCGCCGACAACGAUUCACAGCAGUGCGCACUUAAUGCACCCCACCAGGUUGUGUCACGUUUGCCCGAUAUCGAUAGGGAUAAUGUCCCAGACGUAGAUUCAGUAAAGCCAUAUAAUAUGCUCUCACAUUUGGAGAAAAACAGUAAUCUCACAAAGCAAACCGCCGUUGCAAUUACAGACAUGGGCGUUUAUGACACGCGCCCACCGCGUCCAAACUCCAUCGAACUAAGACGCAGCUAUCAGUCUGAGCACGUCGAUGGAAGCGGCUACGAGCAGCUGACGCCACAAGCGGCUGCCAAUCAAUACUCAACUUACGGCGGGAAUGGCAUGUCGGCGGCCCCUCACAUGCAUAUGCAGCAUCAGCAAAUGUACGAUGCCGGUCUUUAUCAGACGCAUGCGUUGUACGGUCAAAGUGGACAGAAUGCUAUGUCCCCAGAACCGAUAUACGGACCGGGAACGCCAUCUCGUAAUAAACCCCGACCUUCGCAGCCACCACCAGCACCACCUUCGAAUGGUAGCGGAGGCGGCACACCUACUGCCUCAAACGCAAAUACACCGACGCGGGGCCGAAGUAUGUCGACAAGUCGUGACGCGUUGCCACCGCCACCGCCAGUUCCUGACGCAGUUUCACCUUUGUCAGCAAUGAACGGCGCUAAUGCUAGCCAUAUUUCUGUUAAACUACUGGGUCGGACAAACAGUGCAUCGCGAGCUGGAUCUCCGCAGAUGGCUCCAAGCAACAGCGCCCAUAAUGCAAAUGACCUUGUUAUGGCGCAACUAAGCAAUACAUUUAACAGCAUUGGGAUGACAGGAAACCAACUGAACUCUCUUAGCGACUUGCCUCCACCACCACCAGUGCCCGAUCAGCACCUACCCAAAAUGUCUUCACCAAAUACGGCACCACCACCACCGCCACCACCACCACCUGUAGAUGAAGGCAUGGGCAGUCUUCAUGCACUGCAUCAACACCAAGUUGUACCCAAAACGCAUUCCAAUGGGGAAAUGCAGCAAGGCCAACUGAAUGGUGGGCCGCAAAUUGUGAGUGCGAAAAAGUUACUGCCUCCUUUCCACGAUCCCCGCAAUGAUUUAAUGAAAGCUAUUCGAGACGGCAUCACUCUGCGUAAAGUGGAAAAGUCCGAACAGAAGGAAAUCGAACGCAACACGGCACCUCUUGAUGUGGCAUCGAUCUUGGCAAGGCGUGUGGCGAUUGAGUUGUCCGAGUCUGAAGAUUCGGAUAGUGAAGACGACAGCGAAGGUUGGAUGGAACCCAACGAAACAUCGGCUUGAUCCCUGAUGAAUUCGAUAAAUCCGGUCGUAAUAUUAAAGAAUAA